CUUUGAGAAAGGGGUUGGCUAGGUGGUGUUGGAUGAUCCCUUGAUCCCUACAAAAGGGAGAGAGGGCACUGUUCCUGAUGGGAUGGGAGCAAUUGUAGGUGCAGAGGCCAGCCUGUUCCUUUCUGGUGAUGGGCAAGAGAUUAGUGGAGCGGGUACAUUGGUGUUGGGCCAUGCUAUUGGAUCCCAGGCCUUAUUGGGCUCAGAGAAGCGAGUUUGCCUUAAAAGGCCUCCCUUAGGUAAAGCCCAUUUGGAAGUGGGUUGGGCUUGCCUUUUAAGGAGAGGGGAGAAGCUUCUUGGGGUCUCUUUUUCUGGGUCCACUUCUCACUCUCCUCUCAUAGAAGAUCUCCACGAUCAAUGCCUUAGCAGUCCGUUGACUGCAAUGGGGUUUUUUAAAGGUCUCAAUCCUUGUGUGUCAAACCUGACGGUUUUGGAGGUGGCCUUGAAGCCCUUAGUAGAUGAUGCCUUUCUAGAAAAAGCUCUCAAGUUCCAAGGUACGUUCUCUUCGUCCCUUUCUUCCUGGGGGGAAGGGGCCACUUCUUCUUCUACUCCUUUUUGGGUGUCAGCUUUUGUCGAUCUGGGUGGGGACUGCAAAGGGACUGUGGAUCUUGUGAAGGUUUGGGGAGGAUCUCCUGAGCGAGAAGGGGGUGUGCUGGAGAUAGGGGUUGAAGUUGUGAAGGGGUCUCUAUCUAUGGUUUUGCAUGAUGGUUCAAAGGUUGUUUUCCCUCAGAAUGCUUCCCUUGGAGAGUAUCUGCUUUUUGAUAAGGAGCUCUCCAAGUUCAAAGAGUUUAGCAAAUUUUUGGGAAUGUCGGUUGAGGGGUGCAAAGAAGAAAUUUGUUGCUGAGGAAGUUAAGGAAGAAGGCUUGUGGCGGGAUCCCUUGCAAAGGGAGGAAGAAGAAAUUGGUGUUCGUUUCAUGAUUUGAAAGGGGGCUUAGGAGAAUGGAUUGUACGGUUAGUUAUGGAGAUCCUACGACUGCCUCUAGAAGGAGUGGCAGGAACAAUUGGGAAGUGAUUCCAAUUGACUGAUGAAGAUCAAAAUCCUCUUUUGGAAUGUUAGAGGGGUCAAUGACCGGGAUAAAAGGAAGAUGAUUAAGUUGGUGGUUAGAUCCCAGAAGGCAGAUUUGGUUUAUUUUAUUGAGACAAAGGUGCAGGAGACGUUGUUAAAGGUGGUGAGUUUAGGUGUGGGAAGUUUUUUGGACUGGGGUGCAGUUGAUGCUAGGGGAGCAUCAGGAGGCAUUUUGAUUUUUUGGGACAACAGAGUUUUGGAUCUUUUGAAGUUGGAGUGUAGAGGAUUCACCAAUUUUGGUCGUUUUUGGAAUGUGGAAGAUGGUUUUGUCUAGGUGUUCACUAGUGUUUAUGGUCUAGUCCUCUUGAAGGAAAAAAACUGAUUUUUGGGAUGAAUUGGGUGCAAUUAAAGGUUUGUGGGAUGAUCCCUGAUGUGUAGGGGGGGAUUUCAACUCUAUUAGAUUCCUAAGGGAAAGGAGGAAUGAGUUCAAUUUGACAGCAGAGAUGAGAAGGUGCUUUGAGGUCAUUGAGGGACUGAGACUGAAGGAUCUAUCUCUUUCUGAUGGUCAAUUCACGUGGUGUGGUGGCUUUAAUUCUCAAGUAGCUUCAAGGUUGGACCACUUUUUAGUCUUUGAUGAGUGGGAGGACCAUUUUUCGGGUGUCUUUCAAUGUGCACUCCCUAGGAUUGUUUGUGAUCACUGUCCCAUUAUUCUGGAGGGGGGAGGGGUUCAAAAAGGCAAGACUCCUUUCCAUUUUGAAAAUAUGUGACUCGUGAUGGAUGGGACCGAUGGGUUCAAAGAGUUGGUAAGAAAGUGGUGGAUUGGGUACUCGAUUGCAGGGUUUAGCAGUCAUUGCCUUGCUGAGAAGUUGAAGGCUCUUAAAUAAGGAUCUUAGAGUGUGGAAUAAAGAAGUUUUUAGCAAUGUAUCCUUUAGAAAACCAGAAGCCUUUUCUCGAGGAGGUAGAGACUAGAAAGAGGGAUUUGGAGGAGUACAAGAAAUAAGUUUUAUUUAAAGAAACUUCAUGGAGACAGAAAUCUAGGGAAAUUUGGUUAAAAGAGGGCAACAAAAACACCAGGUUUUUUCAUAAGAUGACCAAUGCUUGGGCGAGAAGAAAUUUUUUAUCCAAGGUGAGAAUUAAUAGGGUUACUUCGAUUGAUGAGGAAGAGAUCAAGGCUGGGGUGCAUAGGGCUUAUCAAACUUUGUUGAUGGAAAAUGGGGAUUGGAGAACGCACUUUGGGGGUUUACGUUUUGGAGUUCUGAGGGAAGAAAGGUCUAGAAGUUUAGAGGUGCCUUCUUCAGAAGAAGUGUUUGAAGCCCUAUGCAACCUCUCUGGUGAUAAAGCAUUAGGUCUAGAUGACUUCACCAUGGCGUUUUGGCAUUUCUGUUAGGAUUUUACCAAAGUUGAGAUUUUGGCUUUCUUUGGAGACUUCUUUCGCCUUGGCACGUUCCAGAGGAGUCUAAACUCUACUUUUCCAGUUCUGAUUAAAAAAAAAGGGGGUGCGGAAGAUUUGAAGAUUGAUCAUUUUGAUUAGGAGACUGAACAAGUUGCUCGCCAAAUUUUUGACAAAUAGGUUGAAGUUAGCUGUGGGAGAGGUGGUUUUAGAGAACCCGCAUGCCAUUUUUCAAGGUAGAUAAAUUCUUGACGCUACGCUUAUUUCAAGUGAGGUUGUGAAUUCUAGGUUGAAGGACAAUCUCCUUGGCCUCCUUCUAAAAUUGGACAUAAAGAAGGUGUUUGACCAUGUCAAUUGGAAUGACCUUCUUUCUAAUAUGUCUAAUAUGGGGUUCGGGCAGAGGUGGAUUAGUUGGACAGGUGGUGUAUUUCCACAACUAGCUUCUUAGUUUUAAUCAGUGGAACUCCUUCGGGCUUUUUCCGCAGCACUAGGGGCUUGAGACAAGGCAACUUGUUAUCUUCCUAUCUUUUUAUUUUGGUCAUGGAGGCUCUUAGUCAGCUAUUGUUCAGAGCCAGAUAUGGGGGCUUCUUUAGGGGGUUUAAGGUGGGAAGAAACAGUGGAGAAGGGAGGUAUUUGCUCCAUCUUUUGUUUGUUGAUGACACUCUAAUUUUUUGUGAGGCCAAUAGUGACCAACUAAGAUACUUGAGUUUGGAGUUUUUGUGGUUCAUGGCGAUUUUUGGUUUGAAAGUGAAGAGAGAUAAAAGUGAGUCUAUUCCCGUAGGAAGGAUGGAGUCUUUGGAGGAUGUUGUUUCGAUAAUGGUGUGUAGGGUAGGGAAACUUCCCACUUCUUAUUUGGGACUUCCUUUGGGUGUCUCUUUCAAAUCUUCAAAGGGAUUUUUUGUGGGGUAGUGGUGCCUUGGAGAAAAACCCCAUUUGGUGAAUUGGGGUUUGGUUUGUGCUGAUAAGUAAGAGGGAGGCUUAGGAAUCUGUAGUCUUGUGGCCCUAAACAAAGCUUUACUUGGGAAAUGGAGUUGGAGAUUUGUUGUAGAAAGGGAUUCCUUUUGGAAACAAGUCAUCAUUGACAAAUUUGGGGUAGAUGAAGGAGGGUGGUGUUCAAGAGGAGUGAGGGGAGGCUACGGUGUGGGGGUGUGGAAAGCCAUUAGAAAAGAAUGGGAGGGUAUUCGUUGUAGAUCCCGCUUUAUUGUAGGGAAUGGGAGAAAGAUCAAGUUUUGGAAGGACUUGUGGUGUGAGGACCAAAUGUUGAAAGAAGCUUACCGUAAUUUAUUCCUUUUGGCGGUUAAUAAGGAUGAGUGGGUGUUAGAUGCUUGGGAGGAGGGCAGGGAGUUAGGUAGUUGGAAUCCUCACUUUUCAAGACAUUUUAAUGAUUGAGAGAUGGAAGAGGUGGAGGGCUUGUUUUGAAAACUGCAACCUUUGGUCAUGAGAAGAGACGUGGAGGAUGUUUUGAGUUGGAAAGAAAGUAGGAAUGACAUUUUUUUGUUAGAUCCCUUUACAGCUCUUUCAUGAGGGCCUUUAAUGAUCCUUUUCCUUGGAGUAUUAUUUGGAGGUCUUGGGCUCUGAUGAGGGUGAGUUUUUUUUCUUAGGAAGCGUCUUGGAACAAAAUUUUGACCAUUGAUCAGCUCGAAAGGAGGGGAUGGAACAUGCUGAACAGUGUGCAGUGGGUCUUGCACUCCUCAAUUAAAAGGAAUUUGCUUAGUUGGCAUGGUGCUUUUGUGGGCAAGAGAAGGGAGAAAGCAUGGAGGGCUGCCCCUUGAUGCUUAAUGUGGACUUUAUGGAAGGAAAGAAAUGAAAGAGUGUUCAAUGAUACCAUAUUGUCCGACCAAGCUAUAAAACAUUCUUUUUUGUACACUUUUGUGAAUUGGGCUAGGGUGUAUUUAGAGGAUCAUUUUUUGUCUAUGUUUGACUUUAUAGAAUGGUUGUUUGUCUAGUUAGGGGAAAGGUUUUUUGUCUUUCUUUUUGCCUAAUUACUUGGGCGAUGUUUGUAUUCUUCGUGUGUAUUGUUUUCACCGAUUCUAGGCUUUUCUAAUACAAGCUCUCAUUUACCUAUCCAAAAAAAAAAAAAAAUUUGCAUCAUUUUAUUUUUACUAUUUAUAACUAACAUAUUCGCUUGU